AGGCAAGAGAUCACUUGCUUAUGCAACAAGAGCUUGAGUAGACGCAAAUAAUUAGCGACCUGGCUACCCUAGACAACAUAAUUGGAAAAUGGCUGCUACAAGUUCGCCUCAGCGAUGGAAGCAUCUAUACAGCGUCCUCACUAAGUCUGGACCCUUCAGCGAUGAAGAUUGGGUCCCUGGACCAGAGACGAUAAGUGCUUUGGAGUCAUCCAAAAUUCUGGUCAUAGGCGCUGGCGGCCUAGGAUGUGAGAUCCUCAAAAACCUGGCUCUGUCAGGCUUCAAAGACAUCCACGUCAUUGACAUGGAUACGAUCGAUAUUUCCAACCUGAACAGACAAUUUCUAUUUCGCCAGUCAGACAUAGGCAAGCCCAAAGCUGAGGUUGCUGCUGCCUUUGUAGAAAGACGAGUCAAGGGGGUUAAGAUCACACCUUAUGUAGGGAAGAUCCAAGACAAAGACGAAGAUUACUACAUGCAAUUCAAGAUCAUCGUCUGCGGUCUCGAUAGCAUUGAAGCCAGACGAUGGAUUAACUCGACUCUGGUCGGAAUGGUCGAUUUCGAGGAUCCAGAAAGUUUGAAGCCACUUAUAGAUGGUGGAACAGAAGGAUUCAAGGGACAGGCGCGUGUGAUUUUGCCCACGCUUUCCUCUUGUAUCGAGUGUCAGCUUGACAUGCACGCGCCGCGACCGGCUGUUCCUCUUUGUACCAUCGCAACCAUUCCGCGCCAGCCUCAACACUGCAUCGAAUGGGCUCAUCAGAUUGCCUGGCAGGAACAGCGCAAAGAUGAUGCAUUCGAUAGUGACGACAUGGAGCACAUUGGCUGGGUCAACAAUGCUGCUCUGGAGCGGGCGAAGCAGUUCAAUAUCUCCGGCGUCACGUUCCAGAUGACUCAGGGAGUAGUCAAGAACAUCAUCCCGGCUAUUGCCUCAACCAAUGCUGUGAUCGCAGCCGCAACUACCUCCGAGGCAUUGAAGAUUGCCACAUCGUGCAACCCGUAUCUUGAGAACUAUAUGAUGUAUGCAGGAGAAGAGGGCGUGUACACGUACACAUUUGAGGCAGAGAAGAAGCCAGACUGCCCGGUGUGCGGAAAUCUGGCACGCAAAUUGACCGUGAAUCCGAAUAUGACGCUUGAGGAAUUCAUCGAGACCCUUGGAGAACGGCCUGAGGCUCAGCUGAAGAAGCCCAGUAUGAGGACGGAGGAGAAGACACUCUACCAACGGUUCCCGCCGCAAUUGGAGGAACAGACUCGCGCUAAUCUGAAGCUUAAGCUGAAGGACUUGAUUGAGGACGGCCAGGAAAUCGCAGUCAGUGACCCGGCGUAUAUCAUCGAUUUCCGCUUCCGACUGGCGUUUCAAUAGACGAAGGGCCGCUGUGAUGGACCGGCAACUACACGUUACGAAGAAUCGCUGAUGCUCUGAUGAUCAUGUUCAAGACCUAGGAAG